AUACAACGCACAUAUGGGAUUUUGCAUUUACUGUAAUCAAAACGUCUAUAGUAACACAACGUGUCCAAAGUGUUAUCGAACUAUGAGUAAGUCUGCUAUGACAACAAGUACAAGCACAAAUACAAGAGCAAGUCCUUUUUUAACUCAAAAAAUAUUGAGUCAAACAAACACAGACAAAUGGCAAGACACUUAUGGAAAGAAGGCUAUCUUUAACAGUGGUCUUGGUACACCUACGGCUACUACAAGUACACCUAUCAGAACAAGACCUCAACGUAAAAUGCCACAAUUCAGUAGUCCCGAAUCCCCAACAAAGAUCGACCCAUCUCAAUUAACCAACAACAGCACUACCAACCAUACCAAAUGCUGUGCUCAAUGUCAACAGACACAGCAAUCUUGGACUGAUUUAACCAUGUAUAACUCACUUUAUUACUGUAAAUCAUGUCUAGAAGAAAAACUCGCUUGUCCUGGGUGUCAUCAACCUGUGCAUCGUACGGAUGCUCAAGCCUAUUUUAAAGACCAUGUAUGGCAUGCACCUUGCUUUCAAUGUCAUUACUGUAAGACAGCCCUAAAGACCAUGUUGGCCACAGUCGAUAGUGAAGGAAGACCUUGUUGUCGUACAUGUCAAUUGACUGAAGUCAGUCGAUUACAAAUGCCUUCUCCCGGUAGUCCAAGUGUUUCCACGCCCGUUCUUCCUUCCUUGAAGGCUUCUAGGUCUACUACUUCUUCAAGCAAGCCAGGUGAAAAUCCUUAUUUUCAAUACCAAAAGACCCGAAGAGCAUCCACAUUGAGUCCUACAAGUGACGAUGAGAAACGUACAUUGGCUUCAAUUACCAAACGUAUUGCUGCUGCCACACAUGCGGCUGUUGCUGCGACUCAGAAGCCGCAAGAGGAACCUAAAUCCACUGCGCCUCGUAAAAAGAAAGUGGUCAAGAAACCAUGCAAAGAGUGUGGUUUACAUGUCUCUAAAAAGGACUAUCGAGGCCUCAAGAUUCAUACAGGACAAGUGCUUUGUUUCCACCAUCAUUGCUUGUUUUGUGCUAAAUGUCAUCAAAAUUUUGAUGGUUUAGAGUUCUGUACAGAUGGCACACAGUUUUUUCAUAUUGAGUGUCCUGUCCAUCCUACCAUGGCUAUCUUAUCACCCAGGCAAGGCUCCCCUACAAGUGAAGAAGAUGAAGCGUAUCCCAGAACACCUUCACCUCAAAACACACAUUUCAAUACACUCAAAGGCAUGGAAUCCCCUUUAGAACAACAAACAACCGUCAUGUGUAACGCAUGCAGUCAACCUGUGACAGAGACUUGUUUAGAACUGGCGAAUCAUUUCUAUCAUAAAGAGUGUCUUUUAUGUGCUGGUUGUAACAAGACAGUACCAACAGAUCGCAAAUUAUCUAAAAUUCAAGGCAAACUCUACUGUGACCAUUGUUCACAGGCAUCGAGUAAGCCGGGUCUUAAAAUCAUCACACAGCCAACCACAGGUGAAAAACUACCUAAACGAAACUCCAUUACGACUCCCUCUGAUAUCUUCAAGUCAAGAACAAAGGGUCUGCCUCGUUUAGGUGGUGCGCGUACAUGUGCUCGUUGUAAUGAAAGUAUGCCAUUCUCAGAUACACAGCCAGGUCCCAAUGCCAGUCGUUGGCAUAAAAAGUGUUUGCGUUGUGCAGGUUGCAAGAAACAAAUGGAUUCAGAUGCUCAUAUGACAGUGAAUGAAGAUACUGGACUAUGCUUAGUUCACUGUCGAGAGUGUCUUGAUGAAACACACAAGCCAAAAUUUGUUCGUUGAUUUAUUCAUAAUAAACUUGACCUGUCAAAAACUAA